GUAAUUGAUGUUUUUCAGGUGCUGGAAUGUGUAGUGGCUGGAUGUGUUGUUGUUCGUCACUCAGCACUAAGAGUAAUACAGCUGGUAUUGGCCCAAGGUUUAGUUCACCCCGUCCAGCUUGUGCCAUACCUGGUGUGUAUGUCCACAGAUUCAGAGGAAGCCAUUGCUCAUUCUGCAGACAAGCAGCUUCAGGAUAUUGAAAAGAAAUAUCCCGGCUUUAUAGGAAUGAAGGCCAUGCAAGGCUUCCGGCUGUCAUAUAGAUUACACUCGCUCAUCCAGUCAGUGCCUCCUACACGAGGGUUCCGCAUCAAGGAUGGGGAACACCCGGGAGCCCUUAAUGGUUUUUUAUACUCUAUCAUGCGCUCCACCAAGCAACACAGAAGAGCAGUGGCAUUCUCCUUGUUAAAACAGUUUGAAGAACAAGCAAGAACCAACUUACACGAGUUGCUGUUCAUCACAGACAACCUGGCAUACUUUCCUUACCAGGUGCUGGAUGAACCACUCUUCAUCAUUCACCACAUUGAUAUUAUGAUCUCCGUCACUGGCACCAACCUUCUCCAGGCUUUCAGAGAGGCUCUCCUACCACCACCUAAUGCAGAAGUGAAAAUCAAUCCCGAAACUGGCCAGCCUGAGUAUGUCGAUGACCUGGAUGAUGAAGAUGAUGUAGAGGUAUAUAUGUCUCGUCUACCACCAAGUUUAACUCCUCUGGUAGACUGUAUCAAUGCUUCUCAGGGUUGUCUGCUCUUACUCAUGUUGAAAGACUACUUAAAGGAGAUAUACGGAAUAACUGAUGGAAAAAUAACACAGUAUUCUCCCUCCGAUACUUCAAAACAGUAUGAAAAAAGUUCAUCUAGAAAAAGUUCAGCCAAGUUUAACCCCAAGCCAAUACUCAAGCGGUUAAAAGAGGAGCCAAGCCAAGACAUUGAUUCUGUAGAUGAUACUAGGCCAAAGAUUGACCUCAUUAACCAGUACCUCAAUUUUAAAGCACUUAUGUUGAAGAUUGAUCCAGAUGAUGAUGACGAUUCAGACGUAGAGAUAUCCAAAAAACCAUUCCAGAACGAUGUUUCUGUUCCGAACACAAGAAUCUUAAGAGGGAAUCAGAAUGCUAGCGAUGUUCCAUUGCUGCCUGGCACUCACGACGGAUGGAAGGAUCAGCCCAAGGGUAAAGCAGAACUAACUCCUGAAGUACUCGAUACAGUGGACAAUUCUGUACUAGAAACUAAGACUGAGGAGCAAUUACCUCCCCGCCGUUCUCCUAUCAAACCCAUCACUAUACGAACAUCACAGGUGACUCCGAGAGAACAUCGCUCCCACCAUCAUCACCAUCGUUCCUCCCAUAGAUCUUCCAGCCAUAAAAAACACAAGAAAAAGAAAAAACGAAGGAGAAACAGUGAUUCAGAUGAUGAUAGUGAAUAUAGUGACCCAGAUUUUCUUGUAUAGUAGUUAUUGGUGCAUUAAUGCAAGGACCCCAUAAUAAAUUUAUUGGUGCACAGAACACAUGUUGCAUACUGUUAAGGCAAAUUUGUGUGGAUGCAUUGAUUAGAAAAGUGGAUGAUACAGUAUAUAGUGAUGCUAAAGUGACCUUUAUAUUAAAGAAAUUUUUUGAAUAAGAGUACACAUAGUAAAAAAUAUUUUUAUUCCAAGCAAUACAUUAGAUAAGGAUGUUAUUUUGCACCAAUGAUUGCAUUGACUCAAAAAGCCCCGAAUUGCAAUACCUUUGGUGGGACAAAACAAAGGCAACUUUUAUGCUGUGACCAUGAAGUUUUUUUCAAGUACUGGAACAAACUACUUGUUAAUUAUGCCUUUAGAUUGAAUAGUAGGAUGAAGUCACCAAGUACAAUUAGCCUUGUACAAGACUAUGAACAUAUUACAGCUUCUUUAUAUGCGGAAAAUUUCCAUGAGAUGGUAAUGAGCCAGUGAGAAUGUAUUUAUUAUUUAUUGUACAGUAAGGUUUGAACACUGAUACUUCCUUUAUUAUUUAUUGAAAAAUUUGCCCCACAUUAGUAAAGAGUGGAGCAAGAGAGCACUGGUUGUGAGGGUUUGGGGAUAGUGAAGUGUAUACGUACUCACAAAAAACUGAAUGUGGAGGCUGUAUUGAAUAUUUUUCUUAUAUAUAAAUAUAAAUAUAUAUAUAUAUAUAUCUAUAUAUAUACCUUUAGAAUUUUUUCUAAAUGAAAGGAGUGAGAGUUGUAUUUACCAUCAUGUAAAUUUUAAUUGAAUUUAAUUUUUGCCAGUGCAAUUUUGUAUAACAUACUGAAAGGACCAGAUGACUGACCUGCUAUUUUAGUUUAAUCCUUCUAUUGUCUUAAUUCAUGCACAAAUGUUCAAUAUUUGAACUGCUGCACUUAUGCAAUGUUUUAUACAAUUGACCAAAACUGGGUAGUUUAUAUUGUUUAUUUGCCUUUGUGAUAUCAACUCCUCUUAUACACAGUUUCCUGCCAAAUACUUGUGUGAAUACAACCAUGAAAGACUGCCAUAUAAAAGCACAUAUGUGAAUUGAGUCCAGAAGGAGUCCGAUUGACAUUUUUGUGAAUAUAGUGUGACCACUAAUUGCAUAAGUAUGUGUUCCAUAAUACUUGUCUAUUUUUACCUGAAUGUAAUGAUGUCACUUCUCAAGAGAGUAGUUUAGAGAGUAGGAAGAAGUGUAGAAGUGGUCUGUAUAUUGGCAACCCACAAGUGAAAUUGUUUUUUAUUGAAUAAAAACGGUACAUAA